AUGUACAUCUUGGGUUGGUAUUUCACCAUGGCCGACUUUGCCAAGCGCUUCGGCGCAGGCAGGCCUCUAGAUGCAUUCGGCGAGCGUAUCCUGGGUCCUUACUAUGAGAAGUGCAAGGUUAUCACAGGGACACCCAGACCCUUACUGAGUUCUAGCUUUGCGGGCAAGUGCUGCAUAGUCUAUAUUGCAUCUACCUCAGUUCCUGGAUCGCUGGAGCCAUCUCGCUUGAAUGGGAUGAUAGAGGGCUUGAAAGACGCUCUUGGAGAGAAUACUGAGCCGCAGUGGAUCCGUCUUCCUGUGUCUCCAUUGUAG